AUGAUCCAAGCAUUCAAAGUUCAGUACCGCGAUUUGAUGCUGCGAUGGUUGGUGUCGAAAAUGGACGACUGCCGUUCGGCGUCAGAGCUCGCAAAUACGAUCAACGUUCUCGAGGCUAUAAGAUGGGUGAUUCACGCUUGGGAUAAAGUCCCAGAACAGACCAUCGCAUGCUGUUUCCGAAAAUGUGGUAUCAUUGGUACGGACGGAGGCGAACGCGACCCGACAGAGGAUGUUUUCUCUGAUGACCUUCUACAUUUGUGUGCACGGACAGGCGUCGCGGAUCCGUGUUUCAUGGAAGACGUCGAGCGCUUCCGAAGCGCUUCUGCCGAUGAGCCUUGUCCUCAGUCAGCGGACAUAACGGUCGAUGAAGAAGAGGAUGCGUACGUGGAGAACCCGCCCAGAGAGCCUCCAUCUGCAAGCGAAGCGCUAGAUGCCGUCGAAACCCUCAAGUUGUUCGCGCUCACGUCGAGCGCGCUAUUUAGCGGUGCGCGCGGUGCGCUGCUUGACUAUGAGAAGCAGAUCCAGGAUUUCGUUAUACAGGAGAUGCUACGAGCUAAGCGACAAAGCACCUUAAAUUCAUUCUUUUGUAGAGCUCAACGUUGA